ACUCGUGAGGCGCGGCUUGAAACAACUUCGACGAGCCAGCGACAUCCUGUAUCAUCAGCUGCCGCUGCGGUCCUCGUCGUCAGCGUCACACUUGCCGAGGCCCUCCUCCGAGCGCACGAUGAACCGCGACAUGGUUGACACGCGGCAUCGGCGGUUGUCGCUUUGUAGUUAGUGUGACGGCGAAACCGUUGACAAUGGCCUGUUGAAGUCGCCCGCACUGGAAGUCGUUCGCUGCCGUCGGCGCAUCGGCCUUAGGUGAGCAGGUGGAUGACGGCAGGAGACAUGGCGUGGUCUUCUUCCCUGAAGAACACCAUCAACCUAGGCAACAGCAUCAUAGGGGUCAGCAUACUCGCCAUGCCCUAUUGCUUCGAGAAGUGUGGCAUAGUGCUGAGCUCGCUUCUCCUGCUAGUCAGUGGUCUGCUGACACGCAUGACCUGCCAUCUGCUCCUCAAGUCCGCCAUCACGGCCAGGCGUCGAAACUAUGAGUUCCUAGCUUUUCACACAUUUGGACCAACCGGCAAGCUGGUCGUCGAAAUUGGCAUCCUGGGGUUUCUGCUGGGCAGCUGCGUGGCCUUCUUUGUGGUGAUGGGGGACCUGGCCCCUCCCCUGGCAUCGGACUUCUUCCUGCUCGAGGCCUCCCCUCGGCUGCGUCUGACCGUGCUGCUGCUGCUGGGCACUUGCGUCGGGCUGCCCCUGGGCCUGCUUCGUAACCUGGACAGCCUGACCUCCUUGUCCGCCCUCUCGCUGGGAUUCUACUGCCUGCUCGUGCUUAAGGUGUUUGUAGAGAGCUUCCCGGUGUUGUGGUCUGGUGCUUGGUGGGACCGGGUGGUGUUGUGGCGGCAUGAGAACCUGCUGUCAGUAUUGCCCAUCUUUGCCAUGGCUCUCUCCUGUCAGCCGCAACUCUUCGAAAUUUUUGAUACGGUGAGCGAGCCGUCUUUGAAACGCAUGAACUCUGUCGUCAACGGUGCCAUCCAGAUGUGCUCCAUGGUCUACAUCAUGAUGGGCUUCUUUGGGUACGUGGCCUUCUGUGGGGGCGGGGCUCCCCUGCCGGGCAACGUGCUCAUCCGGCUGGGCUCUUCCCUCGCUUCGGAGUUCAUCAAGCUGGGCUUCGUGGCCACCUUGGUGGUCUCCUUCCCGCUCUGCCUGUUUCCCUGCCGCACCAGCCUGCACUCACUGCUCUUCAAGCGGGGCAGCAAGUUCCACGACCCCUCGUACGACUACAUCCCGGACGGGCAGUUUCGGCUGCUGACGGUGCUUCUGGUGGGGGCCACCUUGGUCACAGCCUGCCUGGUGCCCAACAUCGAGAUCGUGCUGGGCCUGACGGGGUCCACCAUUGGGACGCUCAUCUGCGUCAUCAUGCCUGCGCUCGUGUUCACCCGCGUCCAGCCGAAGAGCACCAAUGAACGCCUGGUUGCUAAGUUCCUAUCCUGGGCGGGUCUCUGCAUAAUGAUUGGCUGCACAAUGACAACGCUGAGCCAGGUGCGUCCCCCAGAUCGAGGCUCUGCCACCAUCCGCAUGAACCCGGUGGCCGUGGUGGUGUCGAGACCAGCUCCUUUGCUUCCGAAAGAUGACGUCAAGCUGGCCAAUGCUUCACCCGGACCUGAUCUCGCAAAGCCGCUCUCGCCAAAGGGCGAUGUAGUGCCGCCUGCAGCCGUUUUGUCACCCAAGGGCAUGCAACCGGCAACGGUGGCGGAAAAGAGGCUGGAGCCGCCCGAACCUGUUGAAUUUCCUGUUCCAAAGGAGGUCGUGGUUCCCCUGCACCCCAAGCCAGUUCUGGUGGUCGAGCGACCGUCGAAGGACGAGGCUGCUUUGGACCCGGAGGCUCUGAAGAAGGAGGACCGCGAGAUUGCUGCGGCCACCUCGGGCAAGGUUGUCGCACCUGCCGCAUCCGGCGGUGCUGGAGCCCAGUCCCCGGCGAUCACUGCUGCCCCCGUUGUGGCAGGCUCCGAGUCCAAGAAACAGGAGGCUCUCCUUGAGAAGAUUGCCCAGGAACAGAAGGUGCAGAAAAAGAUGCUGGAAGACCUGCAGCGCGAGCUCAAGCAGGAGCUGGCCAAGCACAAGCAAGACGACUCCGCGCAGAUGCGGAAAACUAACGGCACUGCAGACGCCGCUAGACCGGUCGUCGCACCCGAUAAUGUAGCUGCACGCACUCCGGUCCUAGACAGUGUACCUCUUGUGGUUGCACCGGCAGCAUCUCUUACCGGUGCUAGACCGGAAGCGCUGAAGGCCCUGCCUCCAGCACCAGCUGUGGGCAACGUUCUGCCCCUGCAGGCAAAAGAAGGCCAACUGCCACAGAAAGGUCCCCCCGUCCAAAACGUCCCGCAGCCAGUCCUGAACCAAGCAGCUCCACUGCCUGCGCAGAAGUUGCCGCAACACCAAGCACAACGGGUCGAGCAGAUCGUCAAAGUUCCUUUGUCCAUAGGCAUCCAGCCCGUCGCACGGAAUGUUCAACAGGUUCCCGCGAACCAGCAGCUCCCAAACCCCGCUCUCCCUCUCGCACAAGUGGGUAAGAAAGAUGAGGCGGGACGAACUGACUCACCCGUUGCGAAGGCCGACCACCAGCAGCAGUCUCCGGUGAUCGCACCGAAAGCUGGCAUGCUGCCUCUCCUGCCGCAGGCUCCGAAACAGGUUGUGAUGCACCAGCCUCAGGUCGGCAUUCAGAAUGCGGAGGUUGCGAAGCAGUGGCCCAUCGUCCCAGCCGCAGACGCCCUUCCGAAACUGGCGAAGAGUGCCGUCAAACCAUUGGAUGUCAUUAGACGUCGUCAGGAAGUGCAGCAGCCGUUGCAGCAGCAAGUUCCCGCAGUCCCCGAGAGCAAGCCGAGCUUAGUGCAACAGCCCAAGCCUGUUCUGGGGCAGGCUCCGCAAGUUCUCCCGCUGGAUGCAAGCCAGUUUGCCAAACAGGCUGCACAAGUCAAAGCCGAGGCUCCUGUGGAGUUUCUUGGCAAGCCUUUGGAAGUGAAGGAUCAAGGACCUCGUGUGGCACCGGUCCAGCAAGUCGACAAUCGGCCGCUAGUUCGCAAGAUGUCCAGAGACACCCGAGAGGCACCCGCGGUGGCAGAAGCCCCAAGUGUGGUUGACGCAGUUGCACCGAAAGAAGCCGUAGUUCCCCUAGGUGCAGUUGCGCCCAAAGAUGCUGCAGUGGCCGUUGUGCAAACUGCUUUGCCUUUGGCAGAUGGCGAGAGAGACGUUCCUGCCAAGAACGUAAACGUCGCGGCCUUUAGUGAAGUGCCAGUGAAACUGGAACCCAAGAACAUAUCCCCGAGUCUUCCAAGCCACGUGCCAGCGGACUUGAUGCUAGCUAAACAUGAGAUUAGGAAAUGAAUGCGAAGGAUCUGUGCGUGGAUGUGUGCAUAGACAAAACUGGGCAUUUACUGUGUAUGCUUGUGAAUGUGACAUAUGUCAGUGCUGUGCACUGCAAACUGUUGUGUUCUUUUCAAAGUAUAAUAAUAUAUUUUUCGUUCUAUAUUGUAAUAAAUGCUCUAUUUUUAGUCGCAAUGUCA